AGAGGUUCCGGGUUUUCGGGGUGGGGUUUGGGAGAUGCCUCCCGUGAAGAAGUCCAAGAAGGGGAAGCGGAAAUCCAAGGAUGGCAAGCUCAAGAUUGUCAGGGCGCGGGGCGCGCCGCCGGCGCUGCCGCCGGAGCUCCGCGCCCUCGACACCGAGUGGUGGUACGCUUUCCUGAACAAGCAAGUCGAGCUAGAGCAUGCUGUGCCUCCAGAUGAGGGGGAAGCAUUCAGGCACUUCUUCAGGACUUCAAGGAAGACUUUUGACUACAUCUGCUCCAUUGUUAGGGAAGAUCUGAUCUCAAGGCCACCGUCUGGACUGAUCAACAUUGAGGGGAGGCUGCUCAGUGUGGAGAAGCAAGUGGCAAUUGCCAUGAGGAGGCUUGCGUCCGGUGAUUCCCAGGUGUCAGUAGGGACUGCUUUUGGUGUGGGCCAGUCUACUGUUUCACAAGUGACAUGGAGAUUUAUCGAGUCGAUGGAAGAUAGGGCUAGGUAUCAUCUGGCAUGGCCAAGCCAAGAGAGACUUGAGCAGAUCAAAGCUGUGCUGGAGGAUGCUUAUGGCCUUCCGAAUUGUUGUGGUGGUGUUGAUGCCACCCACGUAAUCAUGACGCUUCCUGCUGUCGAGUCAUCUGCAGAUUGGUGUGAUCAUGCAAAGAACUACAGUAUGUUCCUGCAAGGGAUUGUUGAUGAUCAGAUGAGGUUUAUUGAUAUUGUUACUGGUUGGCCUGGCAGCAUGACAUUCUCACGCCUGAUGAAAUGCUCUGGGUUUUUCAAGCUCUGUGAAGCUGGGGAACGUUUGAAUGGCUCUGUCAAAGUUUCAGCAGAGGGUGCAGAGAUCAGGGAAUACAUUGCUGGUGACUCAUGUUAUCCUCUACUCCCAUGGCUUAUGACUCCAUUCGAAGGAAAACAUCUGCCUGCCCCAUUGCAAAACUUUAAUGCCCGCCAAAAAGCUGCAAGGCUGCUUGGAACAAAUGCCUUGGCGCGGCUGAAGGGAUCCUGGAGGAUCUUACACAAAGUCAUGUGGAGGCCUGACAAGAACAAGUUGCCAAGUAUAAUUCUUGUUUGCUGUCUGCUUCACAAUAUACUCAUAGACUGCCAUGAUGAAUUGCUUCCGAGUGUUCAACUUCCCGAACAUCAUGAUACUGGCUAUAAUCGAGAAAACUGCGAGCAGGUGGAUCCUAAUGGCAAAGUGAUGAGAGAAAACAUUACAGCACAUCUCCAACACUGUGAAGCUUCCAAGUUUCUCUGCAACUGAGCUAAGUUAGCUUGUUGUUUUGCUGGGAUUUUGAUGAUGCAUCAUUAUUCCUUUUACCUUAUGCAAUUUCCCUUAGUUUCUGUUAUUGUAGUGAGACUUUCUGAUUGCAAUUCAGUAAAGAUUCUCUAGAAAUGGCAUGGUUCAGUACUAUAGAAAAUAGCUAGUUGGAAAAUUACAAGGACUAGCCCUCAUGCUUGGGUUUAUGUUCUUCAGGAUAAUGCCAGUCCUCAUCAUGCUGAGUGCCAUGAAGUUGCAUAAUGUAACAAAAUUCAUGAAUGAUCUGGUAACUGGUAUCUUAUUUUUUGAAUGAUUUGAUAUCUUAAGUUAGGUUGGUUU